GAGGCCCUAGUAGCCAUUGUGGUAGAUGCCCCUGGCCUGCUCUGAGGCCCAUAUCUAGAUAAAUCCCUGCUGCCCCAGGCUGAGCCUUCAGCAAUGCCCUCUGCCAACCAGGGCUUAGCCUAGGCUACUGCCAUGGGCUUAGCCUGUGCUGCCUUGUGCUCCCUUGUUACUGCAGCCACCCUGCCUUUGGUUGCUCUCCUCUGCUAGGAUCCCCUGCAGCUCAGUUACCUCCCAGGUAAGGGGUUUGCUGUAUCCCAUCCUUUGUGUCUAUCUCUGCCGAUCUGUGUGUCUGCAUCUCUCCUCGUGAUUCCCAUCUGUCUUUCAAGUUUAUGUCUCACGUUGCAUUUUUCAGUAGAGGAAGUUCCCUGAUUACCCAGCUGUCCUGCACGUGCCCUGACUUGGUCUUCUCAAAGAUUGGCAUCAUCUUUCUUCCUGUAUGCAAAAUUGAGAAGAUUUGUCAAGGAAGUUACUGAGAGAAGUGAACGAGAGAGACCUAAAGGAAACUCAAGCUGAGCUGCAAGUCCUCACAGGGUGCUGCCAUCUGUCGCCACCAAGGACAGGAGAGGAGACAAGACCAUGUGGCAGUUCCCUGCUCUGCUCAUCCUCUUCCUCCCAGGCUGCUGCACGGCUCAGGAUCCAGUCACAGGUCCAGAGGAGGUGAGCGGUCAGGAGCAGGGCUCCUUGACAGUGCAGUGCAGAUAUGACUCAGGCUGGAAGGAUUACAAGAAGUACUGGUGCCGAGGAGCUUAUUGGAAAUCAUGUGAGAUUCUCGUUGAAACCGAUGCAUCAGAGCAGUUGGUGAAGGAAAACCGUGUGUCCAUCAGGGACGACCAGACAGACUUCAUCUUCACAGUGACCAUGGAAGACCUGAGGAUGAGCGAUGCUGACAUUUACUGGUGUGGAAUUACGAAAGCUGGAACUGAUCCCAUGUUUAAAGUUAACGUGAACAUUGACCCAGAAAUUUCAACUACAAUCAUGACGACGACAGCCACAGUUCUGCCAUCCACAGUUCUGACAUCCACAGUUCUGACAUCCACAGUUCUGCCAUCCACAGUUCUGACAUCCACAGUUCUGCCAUCCACAGUUCUGACAUCCACAGUUCUGCCAUCCACAGUUCGGACAUCCACAGUUCUGCCAUCCACAGUUCUGCCAUCCACAGUUCGGACAUCCACAGUUCGGACAUCCACAACACCAACCAUGGAGAGCAUUGGCACAGAGAACAUUGGCCAGGUGACUCAGAACACUCUCUUCAUCUGGCGAAGUCAGCUCUUGGGAGCUCACAGGAGAGCAAGACAGCAGAAGCCUGGAAUCACAGCUUUGUACAGUAUGGACCUCAGCAGACUUUUGCUGGACACAAAACAUGUCACUCUCUGCUAUGUCUCCAGCUCCAGACCUGCCAUGUUUGCCACCAUGCUGACCAUGAUAACAAUGGACUCAGCCUCUGAGACUGCUACACCAGCCCUGGCUAAAUGCUUUCUCUUAUACUAGCUGCUGUGGUCAUGGUGUCUCCUCGCAGCAAGAGAACAGUGAGUAGACACAGAUAGCAAGCAUGACCAUGUCUUAGAGUCCCAUAAUGAAUGCACAAAGCACUUUCUGAGCUCUUGUUGAUCUGAUAUUCUGUAGAGCAUAAAGAAACAGUGGACAUGGAAAAAUGCAGGCAGAUACCCUGAUGGUCAGUCAGUGAGAGCCAAGAAAAUGAUACAGUGAGAGAACAUCUGUAUUCUGUGUUAGUAGGGAGAACAUCUGCAUUCUGUGUCAAUGGGGAUUGGAGUGAGUGACAUAAGACUGGAUACCCAGAGGAGAGUCUAAACCCAGGGAAUCUUAAGGGCAAAAGGUCUCCCCCAAAUGUCACCACAGCCUGCAGAUAUUGCUGUAGAUCAGAGGGGUGUAGGUACCUCUAUGGUCAGGCAGGUCACCAGGCUCUUGGAUUCCGUCUUUUCCAUCUUCUCCAACAUGAAAGGGAAGGGGAUGGCCAGCACUGGGAAACUGAGUCAUCAGAAAGGAGUGAUCUGAGGUCAUUCUUUCAUUCUACCACACAACACCUACUCGAAAUCAUGCCCAUGUCUAGGUAUGGGGCCCAGAGACUCAAGAAGACAGAGCUGCCAUGCAUGAUGGCUCCCAUCUAGGCCUGGCACUCAAGGGAUGGGAGAUUUCUCUGAGUUCAAGGUUAGCUUCAGCUAAAUACUGCAUUCAAGCCCAGGUUGGGCUGCAGUGUGAGAUACUGUCUCAAAUAAUCAGGGCUGUGGAUGCAUCUUAGUCAGCAGAGAGCUUGUCUGGCAUGCGUAGAGCCCUGGGUUCAGCAUGGAUGGGCUGUGGUGACAAACACCUUACACUGCUGGACUCAGGAGAUGGAGGUAGGAGAAUCAGUUCAAGGUCCUCCUUGGCUACAUAGAGGCCAUCCUGGGCUAGAUAUGCUGCCACAGACAAACAGCACCCCAAACAGAAUAAGACGGAAGAAAAGAAAGCUGUGACCUACAGCUCUGUACUCUUUUGGAGGAUACAGCACUCAGAUAAACUCUCAUUAAGGGAUAGGGUCACAGCAUGACCUUGAUCAGUAGUGUAAACCUGGAAACAGUUCUAGGGACGCCAUGGACAAAUAGUGCCCUAUAAUCUGCAUUUUGAAGGAGAUGGUUCCUCUGUGGUCACAGAGCUAGAGCAACAGAAGGGAAGCUUUUCAAUCCACUCAGGAAGUGUGUGUCGCAGAGGGUGGACAACCUGACCGGAAAUGGAAAUGCCCCUCCAGGGCUCUGGCAGGAGCAGGGAAGCCCUCGGGUAAGGGCUAGGUGACAGAUGGCACCCUCAAUCCACAGCAGUGGUUGUCCCCACUUAUUCUGUGUGGUAGGAACCAAAGCCUCUAAGGCCUGGAGUAUUAACAGAGCCCUUCCUGCUACUGUUCAUCUGGAGCCUCACGUAA